CCUUGGACCCACUUCUUGAGCUAGUUGCUAUUUUUGACUUGUUGUCUUUUCAUACUCUUGAACCUCACUAAAGCUCGGUUUUGACAUUUCAGUCCUAUAACUUACUUUUCGAUGUUAAGGCCUCAAAACAACGUUUUUUUCGCGAUGCGACAGAGGGACGGGUCAUUUGAGUAGCUGUUGUAGGUAAACAGCCUGUUAGCUGCCAAGCUAACCUUAAGCUAUCCAAUAGCAAUAUUUAGUCAGGUUGGCUGUCUGUUCGCUUAUUGCAGUGCUGCAGAGGUUAGGUUAUCAAACGCUGGUUAAUAUAACCAAUAUUUAAGUUCAUGUCCGGCGCUGAGAGAUUCAUGAUUGCAGUCGCUGGAGCAUGCACGGACUUCACAAACUGAAAGAGACUGGAUGAAGCAUGGAUCCACUGGACUGGCAAGAUGCUAUUCGAAGACUGCAGAGAAACCCGGACCCAAAUCAACAAAGUAUUACUAAUAACAACAUUGAGAGUGUCUCAAGAACUAGUAAUGACUGGGACACUUGCUGCCAAUACUCAAAGUACAUUGAUGAGGAACCACAAUGCAGCAUGGAAGUGCCUUCGGGAUCGAGGGAACUCGGGCCUCCCUCGCAUCAUCUUUACAUUAGGGAGUCAGUAGGCGAGAGCCCAGAUGGAGAACCCAUUGAGACGCAUGAGAAGACAGAUCUAGAGCUGUCGAGGAAGCUGAAAGAGCUUAGAAACAUAGAGGAGCAGAUAAUGCGAAAGAAAGUCGCUAUUGCUCUGAAAAAAGAACCGUCUGUGAAGGUGACAUCCCCUCCAGGCCUUCCCUGUAAUGAACAAUCAGCUACAUGCAGAGGUGCAACUCUUAAAGACAGGGUGAAUGCCAUUUUACAUCAACAACAUCCUGUCAGCUUUCUGUCAAAGUCUCCCAAAGACAGAAUGAACUCACCCAACCUGAGCAGAGAUGGUUUGCUGCGGAAGGACCAUCCCCUGAAGCUCAGAGUGAAGGCACUAAUGAAGCAGAGAUGUGGUGAUCCAAGAAACAGGGAGGACGCUGAUGUCACACCACCUUCUCCCAGCCGAAGUGUUACUUCACCAGCCAAGGGGGAAAACAGCGUAAACCAGGGUUUCCAGCGCUUCCUCAGCAUCCUCAACAAAGGAGUGGACAUGGACUUGUUCAGCAAGAUCGUCAACGAUGACAGUGAGGAUCUUUCUUUAGGUGAGGAGCUCGUGGACAUUCAGGCCCCUGCUGUGGAGAACAAGUCAGAUGUGCCCUUCAGGAGCGAGAGCCAGCGAUCAAACAGUGGAGCCUCGCUGCUGGACCGCAGUCGGACCAGCAGUGGAGAGAGGAAGAUUGACUCGCCCAGUCCAGAGAGAUGCCUCAACCAGAGACUCUCCCUACCUGAUGAUGACGAGAAGAAGAAUGACAGAGCUGACCGCUGUUUUGACUCGAGUGGUCGAUCCAGGUCUCCCCCAGCAGUGAAGAAGAAGAAAGAAGAAGAAAAAGAAAAAACAAAUGUGGAUGAGCAGCACGUACAGCUGCAGAACAUUCUGAAAAGUCUGGGGUUGAGCCUGGAAGUGGACGAGAUGAGCAAAUUAGCAGACCGGACUCAGGAGAGGCUGUACGGGAAGAGGCAGGAAAACAUGAGGGCUGACAGCAAAGGGGAACGGGAGAGUCGGCAGUCCAGGAGCUCCUCCUCUUCCUCUUCAUCCUCUUCAUCCUUUUCAUCCUCCCCCUCCUCCUCCUCCUCAAGGUCGACCUCUAGAAGCUGUAGUUCCAGCACCUCUCGCCGUCGGCGCUCCCACCACAGAAACGCGAAACGGAGGCGCAGGCGCUCGAGAGACAGAAGCAGAGAUGGACAGACGUGCCAAGACGGCAAGCAGGACAGCAAAAAAGCACAGAAGCACAGGGACAGAGAGACAGACGGACCAGACUCCAGAGAGACAUAUCAACAUCCAUAUCAACAUCCAUAUCCACAUCCGUAUCAACAGCCAUAUCCACACAAUCAAACGUAUCCUCAUCCCUACCCUGCUGCUUUUUCUGCCUAUCCAGAAUACGGUGUGUCCCAGUACUCUCAAUACAAUGCCCACCCAAGCGCUGCUGUAGAUUCUUACUGGACAUAUUCUCAGGGUGCCAUUUUUUCUUCCCAUUAUCCCAGUGGGCAUCCUUAUCCACAGAACACCUACCAUCACUUUCCUGGCUCUGGAGGGGCAUAUAACCAAGUCUACCCUCUACGUCAUCCUCUUGAUUACACUGACUCAUUUGUGAAUCCAGAUCUGUCUGCAAGUGAAGGCCAAGGAUCGGCCUCUGGCCCUCGCUGCCUGCAGGUCGUCGGCACUAAUCGGUCAAUUGCCAUGAACAAAAAAGGCCAAAGAUGGAGGGGGGGGAUAGAAAAUUGCAGGAACAGCGGCGCUUUACGUCAAAUCCAAGUAUUGACACCAACAAAUAGCACGUCAGUCGAUUCCGAGGUGAAGGCGGAGGCUCCACUGACCGAUGAAAAGAACUCUGAAGUUAAGCAGUCAGAAGAGGAGAAACAGCAGCCAACAGAGGAGGAAAUAAAGGUGAACCUGAGGAAAAAGCUUGAAGCAUUUAACCAGAAGGCGAAGGAAAAACCCACGCAGCCAGCCAACUCUGUAAACUCUGAGCUAUCUAUGGAGUGUGAGGAGCAUCUUAAAUGCGAGCCUGCUGUGAACCCGGACUGACCAUGUGGACCUGCUGUUUAACAGACAUUAUUUACACAUGCAGUUCAUUGUGUAACGGGACCAUUUAGUGAAGUGAAUGAGUUCAUCUAAAGAGUAUCGUUGUCCUAUUACUUGCCGUUUUUCGUUAUAACAGGUUUUAGUCACUUCACCUCUUUAUUUCUGUGAAUAGCACGACGUCGUUACUCUGUUUCAAUUCUGCCUUUUUCACUUGGUACUGUAGAAAUUUGAUUAAGCAAAAAUAUGUUUUAUAGACUGUUGAAUAAAUAUUUUUUUGUCAUAGAGGGUUAAGCCUGUGGAAAUGGUCAGGUCCUGGUAUUUUGCAUUUACCCACUAAUGCUUCUUCCCAAAUAGAUGUGUUUACCAUAGUCAUGAAAGCUAGCUUGAAUUGUUGCCAUUUCUCAAUAUAUAUUUUAGAAUAAUCACCCAUUAGAAGAUGAAUCCCAAUAAGUUUUGUUGGUCC